AUGGGUUUUGUUGGGAGCAUCUCCCCUGGCGGGAGCAUAGCUCUCGGGAUUCUCGUCGGGUUAAUCUCGACAAGCGUCCAGAGCCUGGGCCUGACCCUGCAGCGAAAAUCGCACAUUCUCGAGGACGAAAAGGGGCCCCAUGAUGUUCGGCGGCCGCCGUAUCGGAGGCGGAGAUGGCAGCUCGGAAUGGGCAUGUUCGUCAUGGCCAACCUCCUCGGCAGCACGAUUCAGAUAUCGACGCUGCCGCUGCCCGUGCUCUCGACGCUCCAGGCCGCCGGGCUCGUCUUCAACUCGAUAUGCGCCACCUUGAUCCUCAGCGAGCCCUUUACGACGUGGUCGCUCUGCGGCACGCUGCUCGUCACCACCGGCGCCGUCCUGAUUGCCGUCUUUGGCGCCAUCCCCUCGCCGCCGCACGACCUCGACGAGCUGCUCGUCCUGCUGGGCCGCAAGCCGUUCGUCGUGUGGAUGGCGCUGCAGGCGCUCGCGGUGGUGAGCCUCGCCGCCGCCACCGACGCCGUCAACGGCACGUCGACCGUCUCCCGCAGCCCCCGGUUCCGGCUCGCCCGCGGCAUCGCGUACGGCGUCAUCAGCGGGGACGUCUCGGCGCACGCGCUGCUCCUGGCCAAGUCGGCCGUCGAGCUGUGCCUCAAGACCAUCGGGGGCAGGAACCAGUUCUCGCGCUGGCAGUCGUGGGCCAUGCUCCUGGGCCUGGCUUCGCUGGCCCUCUGCCAGCUCUACUACCUGCAUCGGGGUCUGAAGCUGGUCUCGACCUCUGUGCUCUACCCCCUCGUGUUUUGCGUGUACAACAUCAUCGCCAUCCUAGACGGCCUGAUAUACUUUGACCAGGUGAGCUUGAUUCCCCCGCCGCAUGCGGGGCUCAUUGCGCUGGGCACCACCAUCCUCCUCUCCGGGGUGCUCGCUCUCUCGUGGCGGCUCAGCGACGAGCAGCACGCGCCAGGCGUGGGUCAGUCGACGCUGGCGCCGGGUCUCGGGCUCGUGGACGACACCGAAGGGGAGGAAGAGUCUCUUCUCAGCUCAGAGGCGGCCAUGGAGGAGGCCGAGGAGGAGCCUCAUCAACACGACGGCCACGACGACCACGACCUCGACCUCGACCUCGUCCACGACGAAUACCCUCCCGCGUACCAGACUUUCCCCGACGCAAACGGCGACGCAGCAACGCCCUUGACACCGACGCAAAAGAAGAACCGCAGGUGGGCCGAACGGGCCGAACGGGCCGAAAUCUGGGGCCAGCUCGAGGACCAGGAGGAGCCCGCGACGACCCCCGCUGCCCGGUUGCGCGCGGCAACGCUGCCGGGACGGUCCGAGGCCUCGGCGCUCCUCGGCGCCGGCAGACGAUCCGCCAGCGUCUCGACGGCGCUGGCCGACGCGGCCGACCCCGGCAGCUGCGGCUUGCCUCCUCACAGGCCCGGGCGGCGCCGCCGGAGGAGCACGGGGUUUCCGGGCAUCGUAGCGCGGAGGAACCUGCGGCAGCGGCAGUCGUCCACCAUCUCGGGCCCGCUCGGCGGGCUGCUCCAUUCCAUCCCUUGGUUCCGCAGCAGGGGCGAUCGGCCGCCGCCGAGCCGUUCCGUCACAGACGACAACGUGACGCGUCGGCACGGCGGCAGCGCGAGGGACACGGCGCCGCGAGACGAUUCAGCCGUGUGA